UUUUUUUUUUUUAAAUAACCAACCAUUGUUGCCACACCCCUUUUCGUUUGACUUCAAUGACCACAGAAGAGAUUAAACUAGUGAUUCAAUCCUUACAGGAUCAAAUAAAGUAUGGUCAAGAGCAAAAUAUUGAGCUGCGGGAUGAUAUGGAUAAUCAAAGCAAACAACAAAAAGCACUCUCCAACGACAAUGAUUACCUGAGACAGAAAAUCACGGCAGUGCAAUUGGAAAACUCCAAUUACAGCCAUACACAAGCUCGCUUGGAAACACAAUUAUACGCUCAGGAACAGGACCUUUUGAAGUUCAGAAAACAAGUACAACAGCUCUCAAAAGCGAAAAAGGAUGCUGAAAAAAAGCUGAUUGCAGAGUCUGAGGAAUAUGAAAAUGAUAAAUCUCAUUGGCAACAGAGAGAAGCCGACCUUUACAAUCAAAUACGCUCACUCAGUGUUACGAAUGAACCACGUACGCCACGCACACCAAGAAGACGUAGUGUUACUGCCUCCACACUCGGUAUCAUGAGCCCAUUUACAAGCGGACUAGGCGAUAUUGGCGAAUUACAACCACAAGAAUCACAACACGAAGAAGAUGAUAUGCUAUUAAAGACCCCUAAAUUAGCUGUCAUUGAUUCUUCCUAUGCCCGUGAAGCUAAAAUCGCACAAAGAACUAUUAAAGCACAAGACAAGAUGAUCCUCGAUCUCAAGAACGAACUAGAGAAACAAAAGGCUGUACUGGCCGAUCGUCAAUCCGAAGCACAGCUCGUCUCACUAAAGCUCGUUCACCUUGAGCAUGAAAUCACAAACGUCAAGCAGUUGAAUCAAUCCUUAAUGGAAGACAAUGAAAGUUAUCAAAUAUUAUUGCAUGAAAAGACAAUUAACGGUGAAUUCAUGAUGAACCCCAUCAUGCAGGUGGAGGAGGCUCCUACUAAAGAACCCACAACCUCUUCCUCUGGUUUGAAUCUAGCUGCUGAGCUGGCUUCUUCUAUACCAGAUUGGAAUAAUCGCAAAGAGGCAGAGUCAGACCAAGCUAUCCAGAAAUUGACGGAUGAGGUAAAGAUGCUUCAAGACACCAAUCGUGCGCUCCAGCUUUACAUGAACAAGAUUUUGAUGAAGAUUAUCAAUAACAAACAAUUGGAAGAUGUACUUAGUAUUGAUCAACCAUCUAAACCCAAACCUCCAGUGAUUUCACCUUCUUUACAGCCUGCACCCACACCCACCAAGACAGUUUCGACCACCACAACGAAUACACCUAGCAACAAUAAUACAACAGCAGCAACAGCCAAUCGACAACGUCGUCGUACGAUUUCUUAUUGGGGAUCCAAAGUGCCCCCACCACCACCUACCAAGACCAAUUCGGAAAUGGAUGUGAAUGAUACAGAAGAAAGUCGACGUCGUCAUUCAUCUAUUCUAAGUCCACCUCAACCUGAGCGGUCUGUCUCUACCAGCACUACAGGAGCCAAUGGUGGUUGGGCUAAAGCAUUACGCAGAAUGAGUGUGAUUGGUUGGUCUUCUGUCAAGGAAGAAAACCCACCCGUUCCUGUCAUUCAUAAUGAUAGUGCUGUGGGUUCUCUGAGUGAAGAAGAAGAAAUCUCUAGGAAAUCAUCAGGCUCUUCUACACCUUCGAUUCGUCGUAGUAAUGAAUUAGGAACACUAGCAGAAGAAGAAUGAUUUCUUUUUUUUUUUUUGAAUGAUUUUUUUUUUCCUUAUAUAUAUGACCCUCUUU